AUGUCAAAUCGUACUAAUUUUGGAACUAAUAAUUUUGAAAUACAUUGGUAUAAUAUUGUUUCUCUUCUCAAUCAGAAUAUUUCAAGGUAUGGUAUGAGUCUUAUAUGGCUUAUGGGUAAUAUUGGAUCAACUAUCAAUUGUAUUAUAUUUUCUCAACGAAAACUUCGUAAAACUCCAUGUAUUAUGUAUUUUCUAGCUUCUAGUGCUUCACAAUACAUCAUUUUCAAUUUUGUUCUUGUUACAAGAAUAUUUCUUAAUGGAUUUAAUAUUAAUGCAAUUAAUAUUUUUCUUUGGUUUUGUAAAAUACGUUAUUAUUUCUUCUGUGUUUUUGCUGCUGUUCCACCUUAUUAUAUUGUUUUUGCAUCGAUUGAUCGUUAA